AUGGUCUCCGCCCGCCUGCUCGCGCUGCUGCUGUUCCUCGUGGGCGCCCCCGCCGCCGCCGCAGAGUCGAUCCGAGAGACUGAAGUCAUCGACCCCCAGGACCUCCUAGAAGGCCGAUACUUUUCUGGAGCCCUGCCAGACGAUGAGGAUGUGGGGGGCCCGGGACAGGAACCCGAUGACUUUGAGCUGUCUGGCUCUGGAGAUCUGGAUGACUCAGAGCACCCCAGGAUCUCCCCUGAACUCAUCCAUCCCUUGGUGCCUCUAGAUAACCACAUUCCUGAGAGGGCAAGGCCUGUGGACCGGGUCCCCACUGAACCCAAAGAGCUGGAGGAGAAUGAGGUCAUCCCCAAGAGGAUCUCGCCCUUUGAAGGGGACGAGGAUGUGUCCAACAGGGUGUCCAUGUCCAGCACAGCCCAGGGCAGUGGCAUCUUUGAGAGGACAGAGGUCUUGGCAGCUCUGAUUGUCGGUGGCGUCGUGGGCACCCUCUUUGCCACGUUCCUGGUCCUGCUGCUGGUAUACCGCAUGAAGAAGAAAGAUGAGGGCAGUUACGACCUGGGCAAGAAGCCCAUUUACAAAAAAGCCCCCACCAAUGAGUUCUACGCGUGA